CGACACAGUAGAAAGCAUCGUUGGCCUUCCAUUCGCAAUCGGCUUGCCAUUGUAGAGCCUCGCGCUACUUCUAAGCGUGUAGCCGAACCAAAUCCACUAUUGGAAAACGGUCGUUCCUGGCCCACCGAUGCCUUCUACCCAGAUGGCAGUCAGUGUCGUAGAAGAGCUAUUCAUCCGUGUCCAGGGAGCGUCGGCGCAAGAUCUCGAAUGCCUGGACCAACGCAACCUACCCUGGCUACCGCAGCUCGGACCGUUGCCGCCGACAAAAGCCGUCCAGGAAAUAGGUCGUGCUCUGGAAGCAUCUCCCAGCGUCACUGUCCUCCUCAGCCGUCUCUCGUGGCUCCACUGUUGGCUCGUGUUUAGGCGACAUAUCCGCCAAUGGCGGCUGUUUCGCUUCGGCGCCUCCGCACAGCACGUCGACUACGAUACCGUUAUAGGGGACCUGUCGGACGCGCUGCAAACUCUUACUUUCAACACGAGCAUCUCUGUGUGGCAUGACAGCGCGACGUACUGCGUCUCCCUCAUAAACAACUACGCCAAUCCCACUUAUCAGCAAUACAGAGCGAUGUUCUUGGUGCUCUGGCACGGUCAGCGAUACGCAGCUGCGCACGCCACGACGUACAAGGAACUGCAGACCCUCACGGCAGCCUUGCACAUCGCUCUGUGGGGCGAGGGCGUAGAAUUGCUUUUGGAACAACACGCUGACCUAGACACCGCUUUCUCGGCGGCUCAGCAAAACAUCGGCGGCAGUUUUAUGUAUCGCUAUGAUAACAGGACAAGCCCAUUGGCACAGCGUUUUCGGCAUCGCCACCUGCAAAGGUCGAGCUGUCAACUGCAGGUCUGCCACGUACAGCCAAGGUGAGGCCCCCUGACACGCUAAAGAACGUUCGUCAAAGCUUCACGGUUGCUAGGGAGACAGACACGACGCUAUAGGUACGCUUCACUUGUGAUUUCUACGAGGCUGCAUGCCACCAGUGAUACAGAAAGACCUGACAAGCUCCUAAAUAGCACAUGAAAGAGACCACUCGACACUUCGCCUUUACGUCCAGAUUUCAGUGACUUCGUGCCUCAUCAAGGCGACCU